AUGUCUCCACGCCGAGAACCCAAAAGCUCGACCCCAAUACCCAAGAGCAAUAGCCACCGUCCAGAAACCAGCACCCCAACGAGAAAGACCCCUCCUCCCAAACCCGCAAAGAGGAAAUGCCCAGCAAAACAGACAUAUCGAAGCAAGAAACGCACUUUGGCAGCCAGUGUCGAUCCACUACAACUCGCAAUCAACCGCUCCAUACAUGUCGUGUUUGUACAAGAAACAGUCUCCGCCCUCAAGCGAGUGCUAGCCGAAUUACAACAAUUGCAAGGCGUGUACGGCCAAUUUAUCGAUGCAGCGCAGUAUCUCGAGGACAAUUUUAGUGCACGGUGUGGUGAGGUGGAUGCCGAGAAUGCCUUUUCCGACGAACUUGAGAUACUGGCGCGUAGGGCGAAGAAAACAUCGGGCGACGUGCUUCGGUUGCUUGGAAGACAAGAGAUUGCGAUGGAGGUGGAGAGAUGCAUGCUUAGUAUCGCUGAGAAGGAGCUUGAAAGUGGUCUUUAG